AUGUCGCACUGUGACGACCAUAGGAAACAGAAAUAUGAAUGCUACUUUUUCCAAGAACAUCCAAAUGUUCCUCAAAUUUGGAACAUACAGAUCUAUGGAUCUAUGGAAAGGACAUUUAUGUCUAUGGAUGUAUGGACGGAAUAUUCGAAUAUACGGAUAUAUGGAGGGAAAAUUUGUACAUACAAAUGCGCACCAAAUCAGGAACAUACAAAUCAAUGGUUUAAUGGAUGGAACAUUGUGAUGCACAGAUAUAUGGCGCAAUCACUAGAACAUAUAGAUGUACAACAAAAAGUGACAUUGAAAAAUAUGGUUUCAAGGAUGGAAUAUUUGAAUAUACAUAUAUAUGGUUUCACUUUUUGGAAUGUAGAUUUAUAA